CUUGGAAGAUGUUAGAAUGAUUGUGAUAUGGUGGAGUAGGAAUGAUAACUUACCCUUGGGUGCCUCAUAGUGGACAUCUGUGGGCAGGGCAGAGGCAACGACUGCCAGAGUAGCGAGAGUAGCGGCGGUGAAUCUCAUGAUGAAUGUGUUGUAAUGUAAAAUUGAGGUGUUGGUUGUUGUAUUGGUCGCUGGUCGUGUUUCUAUCGAACUGUCGAGUUGUUAUAUUGAGGAUCUACUUUCCCACAGGGGCAGACACAGAUACUUGUACUGUCUUCUCGCAUCUCCAGGAAUACAUCUUGCCUUCCAUCAUAGCAUCAUUCUGUUUACUUACCAAGCCUGAGCAACGGUGUCCAAGAGGUUGUUUACCCAAGACAUUCCCAAGGCACACGUCAGAGAUUGGAUUUAUGCCCAGAGAUAUAUCUUGCCAAGCAGGGCUUUUAUGGUAAAGAUAUGGUUUGGCUGGGCAGUGCUUUCGGU